AUGGAAGUUAUUCAGCUGGGGGAUGUUGACCUGAAUUGUCCUCACAACUGCAAAUGCCAUAACACCCAUUUCUUCGGUACUGACAGACAGAUAGUGAGGAGAGGCCAGGCCUUUGACUUAUAUGUGCAUUUCCAAAACCGGGAAUGGGAUAACUCCAUGGACAAGAUCUCAUUCACUGUAGAGACAGGCCUCGGACCUUGUGAAUCCAAGGAGACGAAGUGUACCUUUCCUCUGGGCAGAUGUAUAGAUCAAACCUGCUGGAGUGCUUGCUACAAACCUCAUCAGCAACGAUGCAUAAUCAUCAGUGUGUUUCCACCAAUAGACGUCUGUAUUGGCCGCCACAUUCUCAGUAUGAACAUCACAUCUUGUGAUCGCACAUUUCAGCGGUGCCUUGGAGACUUUGACAUCCUCUUUAAUCCUUGGUGUGCUGAUGACCCUGUGUAUAUGGACAAUCAGGCUCACAGAGAAGAAUAUGUUCUGAAUGAACAUGGGAUGCUGUAUGAGGGAGUACACAAGCACAUUACUUCUAGACUGUGGCACUUUGGACAGUUUGAAAAUGGGAUUCUGGAUAUCUGCCUGAAGGUCUUGGAUAUAGGUUCAAAUUACCACCAAGGCUCUGAACGAGGUUGUCGCUGGCGCAAUGAUCCUGUGCAUGUCAGUAUGGUGGUAAACCACAUGCUUUGUGGCCAUCACAGUAACAGCAUCAUGAAGCUCCCAGACAAUAAUGAUUACCUGAAGGGAACUAACCCAUUAACAUGGAAUGGAAGUGUCCCCAUACUUCAGCAGUGGUAUAACAGAAGGUGUAGGCCAGUCAGAUUUGGAGACUGUCUCACUCUUGCAUCAGUGAUGUGCACAGUGAUGAGGUGUUUGGGAAUUCCAAGCCGUGUCAUAACAAAUUUCUGUUCUCCACACUGUGCUGAGAACCCCCUUGCUGUCGAUGAACUUUUUGACUCUACUGGCAAAACCCUGUGUGGCAAAGACAAACUAUGGGCAUAUCACUGCUGGAAUGAAUCCUGGAUGGCUCGCAGAGACCUAGGUCUCUGCAGUAGUAACUGGCAAUGUCUGGAUCCAACACCCAUGGAGUCUGGAAGAGGUUCAGCUUGCUGUGGCCCUACCUCAAUCAGAAGUGUUAAAGAUGGAGAAUUGGAUUUGGAUUAUGAUGGCCAACAUAUAUUUUCUCGUCUGAAUGCAAGCUGUAUUGGCUGGCUUUCCAAAAGCAGUGACAAGAAAGAAAAACUUUACUAUGAUGCAUGGCUUUGUGGGCAGUGUGUUAGCACUAAGUCUGUUGGCAGUGAUCAUCGUGAAGAUAUCACUGGAACAUACAAAUAUGAACUUGGUUCUCUGAAAGGCAAAGAGGCAUUUUACAAAGCUUAUAGAAGAAUUCACUCUGGAUACUGCAAUGCUCCUAACUGUCAUAUAGAUAGAGAUUUAGCAGCUCUCCAGAACCGGUUCUUAAGUGAUGCUGGCAUGAGCAUGAGGUUUAAAAUGGUUAAUUGCCCUAUGUAUGGCCAAGAUGUCCAUCUUCAUUGGUUGCUUGAAAAUUUACGAAAUGAGCCCAAGAACCUGAAUUUCAACUUAUGCACUCAGGUGUUGACACACAAUGGAUGUGCUUUGGAUCAGUUCUGGAAGGAAAAUAUAAAUGUUGCACUGGGUCCAAGGGAAGCAAAAACAAUCCCAUUACAUAUAUCUUAUAAUCAAUAUGGACAUCAUCUGGGUGAUCACGACAUUAUGAGGUUGGUAGCUAUCUCUGAUCCAGAGUGUGGAGAAGUUCUGAUGGUGAAAAGGGACAUUGUGAUCAACAGGCCUACUGUUGCUAUUAAGCUCUUAGGUCUACCUAGGCUGAAUGAACCAUGUACUGCAGAAAUCUCCUUCUGCAAUCCCCUCCAGGAAGAUCUGAAGAAUUGUGUACUGAACCUGGAAGGCUGUGGCUUAUUUAAAGAGUCAAUGGCUGUUGAUUUAGGAACCUUGGCUUCCAAUCACCAAGCACGAACUGUAGUGGAGUUUAUACCCUAUAGGCAUGGUUGCCACCGGCUCCUAGCCAACUUUGCAUGUCACAAGUUUGGCUACUGCAAAGGUUAUGCCAGUGCUGAUGUGUGUGAUCCGAGGUGCAAUUCGGUGCCCUUCCCUGUGUGCAACUCAGGGACUCUCCCAGUGUGUGACUCCGGGUUCCUCCCUCAUGGGGAUGCAUAUGUGGACUAUAUCUGCAUCCCCAUGUGCACCUCUGGGAAUGGCUCUGGGAACCAGCCCACAUUUGACUAUGUGUACCUCCCUGUGGGACAUCCCCUGUGCAAUUCUGUGUGCCAGUCUGAUUCUGGCUUCCAUAUUAUAUGUGACACUAUGCCUUCUGCCAUGAGUGCCCCCAUGUUUCAUUCAGUGAGUGGUUCAGUAUCUGCCCCAACAUCCAGCCCCAUGUGCCGCCCAGUGGCUCAGGUUGUUGGUGGCUCUGCUUCUGCUCCAAUUCCUCACCCUGUCCAGCCCCCAAUGCCUUACUCUCUGUCUAUCCCAGCAAACAAUGCUAUGUCUGCUCUGCUCUCACACUUCAUGACUGGCUCUGCUAACAGUAACCCUGUUCACACCCCUGUUUCUCACACUGUGUCUGGCACUAUGCCCACCUCAGCCUCCCAUCCACCAAGUGCCUUGGUGUCCCAUGCUGCUUGUGGCUCUGUGUCCACCGCAGCAUCUCACCUCCUAAAUGCCCCAGUGUCCCAUGCUGCCUGUGGCUCUGUGUCCACCCCAGCAUCCCAUCCCCUAAAUGGUCCAGUGUCCCAUGCUGUGUCUACUCCAGCCUCUCGCCCUAUUUGCACCCCAAUGCCCCAUGCUAUGUCUACUCUAGCCUCUCGCCCUAUUUGCACCCCAGUGCCCCAUGCUAUGUCUACUCCAGCCUCUCAUCCUAUUUGCACCCCAGUGUCCCAUUCUGUGUGUGGCCUUGCGUCCACCUCAGUAUCCCACCCUUUGAGCAUCCCAGUGUCCCGUGCAGUGCAUGGUUCCAUAUCUAACACAACAUCUCGCUCUGUAAGCAUUCCCAUGGCUCGCUUUGUGGGUGUCUCUGCCUCUUCCCCAGUGGCUCGGUCUCUGUCUCACUCAGUGUGCAGCCCUCACCGGGGUCCGUUAGGCAGUACAGUGUCCCGCUUUUCUUCACAGUCUGCAUGGGUCUCCAGAGCGGCCCCUGCAUCUCGCUUUCAAUCUAGCUCCAAAUUACGCUCUGCAUAUGGCACUCAGCCUCGCUCUAAAUCCCGUUCUGCAUAUAGUGCUCUGUCCCACUCUGCAUCCCACUCUGCAUAUGGUACUCUGACCCGCUCUGCCUGGAAAUGUACUCUCUAGGCUACAAUGGAUACAACUACAUCGGUAGACCAACAAAGACUUAAGCAACUAAAGCAAGAUUUGCACAAAGGCUUGUUUUUACUGGAAAGUGUACUUACACCAAGACAUACCAUGCACUGAGGGAGAACAAAGUGUGUGGUUCUGGGACAUUCAUACACACAUCUGCAAUAUGCCAGGAAACAGAGGACCUCCAGCAGCAGAGAAGGGCAUUUGAUAUUGCGCACAAACUGGAAAGUGAUACUGUGGUAAAAAUGAGAAAGCUCCCAACUUGGAGCUAGAGGGUUUUACAGUCACAGAACUUGGACUCCAUCAGUCAAUCAGAUUGCUCUUUCAGUCCAAGAUAUUUUAUGAACAGUUUUCUCUCAUCCUCCUUUGCUUUGAUUAGCAGUUUGCACUUCUCACCUAGUUGUUGGUCCUGCUGAGCUAUACUGCUCAUGCCAAAUCACUGUUUUACAUAAAAUGCAUCAAUCUCAGGAUUAUUCAAAUAGAUGUAAAAUAUGAUAAUACAUUAGUGACAGAAACCAUGAUCUCCCGCAGGUCUUGCUUAGCAGGCAUUGGACCCUGAAUGCCUGACUUGUUAUGUUAUAUAUCUAUUUUUAUGCUACUAUAUUUCCUUAUCAGGCUUUGAAAAUGAAGGUGGUUACACCAUAAACCCAUGGGCUAAAAUCAAGCCUGCUUUAUGUUAACUGAAAUCAAAAGAGUUAUUUCACAUGUUAUCAUAAUUUAACAUCAUAACUCUUGACGUAUGCCAUUCCCAGUGUCAAGAAUCUGAUGUGUCAAAUUAAAAAGGCUGCAGUAUUCAGCGAACAAAUUAUUUAAUUACUUCAGACUUUACAAACGACCUUAUGACUUCUAUAUUGUGCAAACUAAUGGAGCUAUUCUAGUGUGUAUCAUAAGCUUUUAGGUUUAUGAGCUUGAACUUAAUAGCUAGGAACAUUAAUUAUGCAUAAACUGGUUUAAGUGAUCAGAUACUGGUUCAAACAACAGAAGUUCAG